AAUUGACCAACCGCAUUUGAAAGUCGGUUAGUUCGUUAAUGCUGAUUAAAGCCAUUUAAGCGGUACGGACGCGACGGUACGAACGCGAAAGAACUCAAAUGAGCGUAAAUUGUUUAAUAUUAAAUUAAGUUGGUCGGGCAUCUCAUGCCCGGCGGGUAGACACGGAGCCAAGGGAGAUUGGGACGGAGGUAGCGGGUUCUCACCCGCCACCAGCCGAGUUUAUGUACGUCUGUGGAGAUUCCGGGCCGCGAUAUGAGUGCUCCUUCGAACCGGCGCCGAGUAUGGAGCACCCGACGUUUGAGGAGCAUAUGUUCGGCGAAUUUGGGAAGGAUAGGGUUCAAGUAGUGGUCGGGUCGAGUGGAGAGUUGUAUCGGGAGGAGCUGCCGGUGUUCCCGGGGGAGCAGAAGCGGAAAGAGGAGCCGAUACUUCUGCAGCAAGUGGAUGCGCCCCAACAGCAUACGACGCAUCCACCGCCAACAAAGAAGAGUGAGAAAAAGAAGGGAGAAAACAACGGGAUUAAGAAGAAAAAGACAAGAACAACAUUCACGGCAUAUCAACUCGAGGAGCUCGAGAGGGCGUUUGAACGCGCUCCUUAUCCCGAUGUAUUUGCUCGGGAGGAACUGGCACUGAAAUUGAAUCUUUCGGAAUCAAGAGUACAGGUAUGGUUCCAAAACCGAAGAGCAAAGUGGCGUAAACGCGAACCACCACGAAAAACCGGCUACAUCGGGUCCAGCUCACCAAGUUCCACCACAUUGAGCGGCGGAUUCUCCGGCAUCGGUGGCAAUCUACCAGCCUUCCCACAAAACGGAUUACCAGCCCCGGCUGAUUCCUGGUCGUACCAACACUCGUACGAACUAUCCUCCCACCACCUACUGUCAUCCGGGAGUAAUUACCCCGCCUUCAACCCUCAACCUGGCUACUCCUACACCACAGUUCUCAACGGUCACGACGGACAAAAUAUGUUUGCUAGACAUUACGAUUAUGGUGAAGGAAGUCCCCCCUUGCGUGAGUAUCCCAUGGUAGCUCACUCUCCCCAAAUAGAACCCCAUGGGCACGAGGACAAAGUGGAGUACCGUCAUGAGCAUGAAGAGAAGUACGCGUGUGCGCUACAGGAAGAGCCACGGUACAACCCGCCAGAGGACUACGACAAGUGCGCGAUGGUUCAUGAGAAGCACUAUGAGAUGGAUCGCCAGGAUUUGUCGCAACCGGUUGUGGUGAAAAUGGAGCCGAGCACGGGUCAGGCGUACACGUCACUGCCCCCUUUUUUGAAUUGAAAUACUCUUUUUCGAAAUUGUCCAAGUGAAAGCACACGACAUAGACAAUAAUUUGACGGCAUAGAUAUUGAUAGUUCAAAUGGAUUACGUGGGUUACGCCAAACAUUUUGUCCACAGACAUUUGUUACUAUUCUAAACAUCACAACAAGAUACAAAUUUUUAAGCUAUUGCAUAGAUUUUAUCGCGGCUUUGAGCGCGGCGACCGAAUCAAGAAAUUCCGUAACGAAAAUAAUACUAACACACGAUGACGUGCGGUGAUGAUACGUGUGGCCAAUACGCGUUAGAGUGUGACAGACGAUAUAAUCGUGUUAGUCUGGCAGAGUAGAAGAUUGAAUUAAUAAUAAUUGAAUAAGUUGAUAAAAAAUGCUAAGCAAUAGCUUUACCGGGGCAGUUAACAGUACUAAGCGAAAUGUCAGUGUAAUUUACAGUCGUGGUAGAACAAAUAGUGUGUAAAAAAACGAAAUUAACUAAUUUCGAAAAAGAGUAUAUGGCUUCGUCUACUCAAUAUUUAAAUUACAUUAGAUAAUAAGCGAUAUUUAGAAUAUAUUUAUCUCGCAUUUUUAUGUAAAACACGAAUUUAAGAUUAAUAAUAUAAUUUUAGAUUGCGUAUAACAGAUUCUUUAACAAAUAAUCCAGUUGUAGUUGCGUCAUUGAUUUUUGUAUAGCGAGGGUAUUGACAGCCGUCCACAUAAUAUUGAAUCUACGAUUUAUGGCAUUUCGGUAUAAAUCAAACUGUGAAAUUUAGAGAUGACUGAAAACUAUGGUGCAUUUCCUGUAUAACGUAUUAUAACAAUUAUUAUUAUUUAAUAAUAAUA